AUGAGCUCCAACCAGCAGGCUGAAUCCUCUCACAACCCAGCAACUCCCGAUGGGGUGAUCACAAGGGAGGAGUUCGACCAGCUGAGGGGCAAGCUCAAUGCUCAGGUUGAGGCCUUAAAGGCCAAGUGUGAGCAGAAAGAAGGUCCACUGAACGAUGGCGACCUGGGAGAAUCACCAUUCACCUCGGACGUUUUGGAAGCUCCUACUGUGAAAUCUUAUGAUGGGUCAAAGGACCCUAAGGAUUAUGUUGAGGUCUUUGAGGGCCUCAUGGAUUUUCAAGCGGCAUCAGACGCAAUCAAAUGUCGCGCCUUUCAGAUCGCGCUUACUGGCAGCGCGCGUUUGUGGUUCCAGGAGGAUCAAUUGAAGGUCGCACAGUCCUCUGAUGACUCGGCCAUGUGCUACUUUCUCACCGGUCUAGCCGACGAAGCCCUCACGGUGAAGCUUGGAAAGGAGGCCCCGGCCACCUUCGCUGAAGUGCUGCAGAAGGCGAAGAAAGUCAUCGAUGGACAGGAGCUCCUCCGAACCAAAACCGGCCGACCAGAACGAGGGAUCGACCGGGGUAGAAGUGGAAAAGAUGAAAAGGCGGAUCUCAAGUCCAAGGACAAGGGAUCUUUCUCCAGUGGCCGAGCUGAGUUUCGAAGGGCGGUGAACGGACCAACCAGGAGCCGACCUUACGAACGCUUCACCCCGACCACGAUUCCAAUUUCUGAGAUCCUAACGAACAUCGAGGAGUCUGGAAUGGAAAAACUACUCAAACGCCCUGAGAAGCUUCGGGGAGCCCCGGAGAGGCGCAACAAGGACAAGUAUUGCCGCUUCCAUCGGGAGCACGACCACAACACGUCAGACCGCUGGGAGUUGAAGCGCCAAAUUGAGGAUCUAAUUCAAGAUGACUACUUCAAGAAAUUUGUGGGAAAGCCCAGGACCAGCUCGGCAGAGAAAAAGGAAGAGCGGAAGCUUUCGAGGACGCCGCUCCGACGCAUAGACCGACCUGCGGUCAUCAAUACCAUUUUCGGAGGGCCAAGCGGGGGUCAGUCCGGACAUAAAAGAAAGGAGUUAGCUCGUGCAGCCAGGCGCGAGGUGUGCAUCAUCAGGGAGCAGAGGCCGACCUGCCCAAUCACCUUCGACAGUGCAGACUUGGAGGAGGUCCACCUGCCCCACAAUGACGCACUUGUAAUCGCUCCCUUGAUUGAUCAUGUGGUGGUCAGAAGGGUGCUGGUAGACGAAGGCGUAUCUGCUAACAUCGUGUCCUUACUGACAUACCUCGCCCUGGGAUGGACGAGGUCGCAAUUGAAGAAAAGCACGACACCGCUGGUUGGGUUCUCUAGAGAAUCGGUCAUCCCAGAGGGUUGCAUCGACUUGCCGGUCACACUUGGGCAUGACCAAACUCAGGUCACCCAAAUGGCCGAGUUCGUGGUAAUUGACGGUAGAUCGGCCUAUAACGCCAUCUUUGGAAGACCCAUCAUCCACUCAUUUCGAGCCAUUCCCUCGACACUUCAUCAAGUUUUGAAGUAUUCCACCCCCAAUGGCGUGGGCAUGGUCCGAGGAGAACAGAUCGCUUCGAGGGAGUGCUAUGCCUCCGCACUCAAAGGCUCAUCGGUCUGCGCCCUCGAAACUCUCGUCAGUAGGGAUGGGACGCUCGAGUUCAAGGCCAACCUGCCGAGGAGGGAGUUUGCCGCACCCACUGAGGAGCUCGAGCUUGUUCCUCUGCUUAGAUAUAAAUACAAUGAAAACAUCGAUCACGAGCAAGAGCUAGAUGAAAAGUCUAGUUUAAACAAAAUUGAUGAUGACAUUGGUGUGGAAGGGAUGCCAGAACCAUUAAAUGUAGGAAUUUAUGCCUCAAUUGAUAAAAUGUCACCUUUAAUAGAGCAAUUUGACUUUGGAUGA